CUAGGUCACGGCGACGCGGGGAGGCCAUUUAUACCCGUCCCAGCCGCCACGCGCUCGCCCUCCUCUCUCUCCCCCCACUCUUUGCCCAAGCCCCCCUACUGCCGGCGGCGGAGACGACGGAAACAUGGUGCAGCGUCUGACGUACCGGAAGAGGCACAGCUAUGCCACCAAGUCCAACCAGACGCGGGUCGUCAAGACCCCAGGUGGUAAGCUCGUGUACCAGUACACCAAGAAGAGGGCGAGCGGCCCCAAGUGCCCUGUGACCGGGAAGAAGAUCCAGGGGAUUCCCCACCUCAGGCCUACUGAAUACAAAAGAUCAAGGUUGUCUAGGAACCGCAGGACUGUGAACCGUCCCUAUGGUGGAGUGCUCUCUGGAACUGCAGUGAGGGAAAGGAUCAUCCGCGCCUUCUUGGUGGAGGAGCAGAAGAUCGUGAAGAAGGUGUUGAAAAUACAGAAGACCAAGGACAAGACGACCUCAAAGUAAUCUGAUUGAAACGGAAGUGCGAAGUGAGAUGGUGUUCUGUAAACAAGGAAAAUAUUUUUGUUGGUGGUUCCCUUCUAGCUAAAUGUUUUAGAGUACUUGAAAUCCUUCUGCUGCCGUGACAUCAGAGAUUGUGAAACAUUUGAUACCCAUUUGCAGUUUCAUUUCUGAAUGCAUGUUGAAUCUACUUAUGUUAA